UGUUAUGAAUGUUUAAAUGGGAAGACAAAAAAAUUCCUGUUAUGAGGGAUUUCAUUUUUGAAUGAAAAAGUAGAUACUCCGAUUUCUGUAAAUUUGUGUUUGGUAUAGAAAGAAAAAUAAAUGAAAAUUUCAAAAUUCCUAAGCCUCUAUGAUUUGAAGAGUAGCUUCGUCCAAUUCGAUUGGUCGUUGUUUGAUAUCAUUUGUCUCUUCAUCCCUAACUCAACUGUCCCUUUUCUUGCUUCCUUCCUUCUUCCCUUCCUUCUCUGUCCUCUCUCUCUUCUCUCACUCUCAGGUCCUCUCUCUCUCUCUCUCUCUCUCUCUCUUUCUAUAUAUAUAUAUAUAUGAAUAUGUGGUUAAAGUGGUUUCUUUUGUUGCAGCUGUAGCACUGUUGGGAGUGACAGGUGUUGGGAGAUGCUGCAAGAGACUUGUAGGAGUGGGAGAAUCAGCGCCGGCUUUCGUUUUCUUCAAUAUUAUAUUCAUUUGGGGCGUUUAUAUUGGAUUGGUUCGACAAGGUCCCUCUUUCUUCUCAUCAUUUCGCCUUUGCUAGACAUUAUACUCAAUGCAGAGUUCUCUAUGCUCGUGAUUGGUCUAUGCAGUAUCCUGACAACAGACCCUGGUUAUGUUACAAAUGAAUCUUCCCAUCAUAACCAGCUUGUUGAGAGUCCUGUCUCAGUAUUUGAAGCCCAUUCUGAGGAACUGGUGCCUUCAACUCGUGACAUUCCCUAUGAGUUUGUUGCUGAAAAAGAAAGCUCAUUAAUAGCUGAUGUGUGGUGCAAUUACUCUACAGGAUCUUUAUCUGCUGAUGUGGCUCGCUCUUUACUUGCCAAGUGUUUAAAUGCCAUUGGUGCUUAG